GCAGUCCGGGCUCGGCUCCGUCGCUCGCUUGCUGUCGCCGCCGCCGCCGCCUGGGCAGCCUCUGCCUCCCGUCCGUCACAGAGGGGAGCGAUGGGCCCGGCGCUGCUGCUCGCGCUGCUCUCGGGCCUCGGAGCCGCCAAGCCUCUCUCCACCACCGGCAGCUCCCGUGGAGGGCUGAACCCCAACUUGUCUGGGGGGGGCAGGAGGAUUCGCCGUGAGCUUCAGGGGGCGCCCUAUGAGGCUGUUGAGACCGCUUUGGCGAAUGAAGUGUAUUACCCUGAACUGGUCCGACUGGCAGCGCUGGAAAGAGCCAUGUCGUCCCCUGCUGGUCAGCUGCCGGAAGAGCAACUCGCCCAAGCGUUAGAGCGAGCCCUGGCUUCCUCCGGUAACCAGCUGCAAGAUGACCGCUUGGCCCAGGCACUCGAGAGGGCACUAGUGCCACCCAGCAACCAGUUCCAGCCAGACGAACGCCUGGCUCUUGCUCUGCAGCGCCUCCUUCAGGAUGGGCAUCGCCGGGACCAGGAAUCUGUCUACCUGGCAAACCUGCUGAGGCUUUGGGAUGAAGCAAAGGGUGCCACCUUGUACCCUGAGUAUGAUGAGGCCGGCUUAGCUGGUGGCUCCUCUCCGCCUAGAUCACUGCCAAAUCGUUACUGGGUCCCCGAAGGAGGUUUUGAACCCCAAGAAGAGCUGGGAAGGGAGGAAGAGCCUGCUGGAGAGAUGGACCCUGAAAUGCUGAGGUACCUGGUUGGCAGGAUCUUGUCGGGAGCGAGCAACUUGUCCCCCCAACGUCUCCCCAUGCCCCCCAGGCGCCUGAGGCGUGCCAUCUUUGAUGCAGGGGACCUACCUGAGCCCCCCAAUCUUCUGCGGGUCAAGCGACUGGGUGGGGAGGCUGGGGGGGAUCCCCAGCUGCAGCGAGUCAAGAGGACAGAAGGGGAAGGGGCUGGGGGGAGGAGGGGUGCGGCUGGGGGAACUCAGAGGCUUCGAUAUCUUCCUGAAUAGCAGGAAUUUGCCUCUGCGGGGGAAACAAAUGGGGGCAGCCAUCUCACCACGGCCCUCUUGCCAGUUUCUGAAUGUCAAUGGACUGUGAGCAAAACCUAGUGUUUUUUCCUGCCUCUGUUCUGCCUUGUGACCCCAAAAUACUGGGGAGGAAGGGGGUAGCUUUGGGCUGGGAUUCCCAAAUCCCAGUUGCAUUGUUAUAGUGGGGAAGGGGGUUGUUCUCCACACUAACCUCCUGAGUGUCCUAUGAGAAAGCUCCAGUUGAGUUAAGUGGGUGCAUUUUAAUGCUGAUGAGCUCCCCACAAACCCAAACCAGAGCUGGGCAUUCUCAGUCCCAAUUUUCUCACAUCCUGGCUUUUUUUU